AUGGACAAGCCUACAGUUCUAACAAAACAAAGCAUUCCUGUCGCUAACAAUACAAAUUCUAGCUUCAGUUCACUCAACUUUGAUGAAAACACAAAGGCGUACAUCGAUACUGCAUGCCAAGCUUUAUCGAACAUGAUUAUUA